AUGUUCAAGACCCAGGUCUGCUCUAAGGCUGAUGUUGAGUGGACGCCUGAGCUGCUUGAUGACAUUGUCGCGCGCAGCGCCUAUCAGCAGGAGGGCUUGGUUGACAACGGAGAUCUGAUUAUGACGCAAAUCGACGAUCCACAAGAGCUCAGGGCGAGGAAUCAACUUUGGCAGCAAAAGGCCAACGCUGGGUCCGCCAGGAAAGACUGGGCUGCCAGUGGCCUUGCCCCUGAGGAACUUAUUACUACACUUGUUAAGGCACUGAACUGCAAGUCUUACAAGAUAGCGUCCCCCUACCUAGUAAUGCAUUGCUGGUGCUGGAGCCUCCUUUGA